GGUCAAAUUUGAAGCCACAUAAAAGAAUCUGGACUUGAUCUUAAGGAGAAUGGGGAGGCGCUGAAUUGUUAUGGGAAUAAAAUCAGAUUUAAUCCCUAGACUUCAGGGUGAACACACUGAGGGGAGGGGAGCAGAAGGCUUGCUGGAGUUAAGAAAUGAGGGGUCUCGAUGAGAUUCUUAGGGAGGACGGAAAGGUCUGAGGAAAUAAGGCCUAUAAUAGAACCCUCGGGGUGUGAUUAAGGGAUGGAUGGUGGGGGAGGCUCCAGUGGAACCUGAGAAAUGGCUAGAGGGAUGGAAGGAAAACUGUAGAGUUCAGGGUCAUGGAAGGCAAGAUAAGAAUGCAUUUCAAGGGGACUUCCCUGGUGGUCCGGUGGGUAGAACUCCACGCUCCCAAUGCAGGGGGCCAGGGUUCAAUCCCUGGUCGGGGAGCCCACAUGCAUGCCACAACUAAAGAUCCCACGUGCCGCAACUAAGACCCAGCGCAGCCAAAAUAAAUAUUUUAAAAAAGGAAUGCAUUUCAAGGUUAAGAGGAGUCUCCAUCCCCACCUCAUAAAUCCGAGUGAUCCUUGUAACUGUCUUUAUGCAUAUAAAGGUAUGGAAGUGAUUUUUUGUGAGUUUGGAGCCUAGGCCUCAAUUGGUCAUGCAGCUUGUUUUUUGUUUGUUUGUUUGUUUUGCGGUACGCGGGCCUCUCACUGUUGUGGCCUCUCCCGUUGCGGAGCACAGGCUCUGGACGCACAGGCUCAGCGGCCAUGGCUCACGGGCCCAGCCGCUCCGUGGCAUGUGGGAUCUUCCCGAACCGGGGCACGAACCCGUGGCCCCUGCAUCGGCAGGCGGACUCUCAACCACUGCGCCACCAGGGAAGCCCCAGCAGCUUGUUUUUUUUUUCUAUUGAAAUUCAGUGCAAACUGUGUGAGGGAACUUGGGCUACUCUACUGAAUAAUGGGAUCAUACGCAGAAACAAACCAGCCCAGCUGAGAUGAUGCCACCAGCUGAAUUACCUGAGUCCAGCUCAAUUUGUUCAAAAAAAAAAAAAAAAAGGUUGUUAUUUUAAGCCACCACCACCACCCCCAAAAAAGAAUACGUUUUAAAGUUAGGUUCCUUAGAACAUGCUUCUACAAUACCUUGUGAUUCUCUGUGAUAUUCUGACACUCAGGUGUUUCUCAUGCUGGAUUAUAAACGCUAGCAGAAUAGGGUCUCUCUUGGCCUUAUUGGUUAUUUUCUCCCAGGACUCCGUACACUGCCUGGCACAUAGCAGGUGCUCAAUAAACAUGAUUGGUUGAAAGGACCAGAUCCACGGAGCGAGUCUCACCAGAUUAUAAAGGUACCUCCGGCAAUGAAUAUGUUCCAAACUGCAUUUUCUUCUCAAGCCUUGUGGCCAGUGGUGGAUAGAAGGUGAAUUAUGAUGUGUGCAGAACAUGGGACCUUGGGGAGUUCCGUAACCAAGAGGAGAAAGAAGUAACAACAGCCAGUGGAGACAAAAAGAACUGCUUCUCCCUUCUUCCCUCUCCAAGUUCCUAGUGGAGAGCUGAGCCCAGCAUCCCAGACUUGUGUGACUUCAUAGGCAAGCUUUUGGAGACUAACUUCACUUUGGUACCUUAGCCUUCAGCGGCUCAAGGUUGUUGGCUUUCUGAGCAGACAGGAGGCUUUUAAGUAGCAAAGCUCCCUGCUCUCAGCAAGCCCAACACCAUGGGAAAGGGAGACACCUUGGAAGCACCAUCCACCUCGGCCUACCGCUCUGUCAUGGAGGAAUAUGGUUACAAAGUGGGCAAAGUCAUUGGCAAUGGCUCCUAUGGGACAGUGUAUGAGGCUUACUACACAAAGCGGAAAGUCAUGGUGGCUGUCAAGAUCAUCUCAAAGAAGAAGGCCUCUGAGGACUAUCUUAACAAGUUCUUGCCCCGUGAGAUACAGGUUGGAAAGGGGGCUAGAAGAGGGAGCUGGUACCAAGCUGUUUAAGGCUUCUCAAAAGGGGUGUGGUUAGGAGGGGGUGGAGCCAGAAACCCCUAUACCACAACUGAAUGACUCACUAGGCAGCUAGGAAAAUUACUUGAUGUAAAUUCAGCUUCUUUCCACCUCACCUCCAGACCCUCAAGAAGUAAAAAGUGCAAAGCAUAGGGUUUGUCCAUAGGCCACCAGCCCUCUGGGGUUUGAUUCUGUUGCAAAGUUCUAGGAAAGUAGCAGUGGGAGAGUAGGAGAAGGCUGGGAGCGCAGCCAGGGUGCUCCCUGCCUGGGUUUGAUGGGUCCCUCUUCUGGGGCCAGGUAAUGAAGGUCCUGCGGCACAAGUAUCUCAUCAACUUCUAUCAGGCCAUCGAGACCACAUCCCGGGUGUACAUCAUUCUGGAGCUGGUUCAGGGUGGUGACGUCCUUGAGUGGAUCCAGCACUAUGGGGCCUGCUCUGAGCCCCUUGCUGGCAAGUGGUUCUCCCAGAUGACCCUGGGCAUCGCCUACCUGCACAGCAAGGGCAUCGUGCACCGCCUUUCUGCUGCUGGUAGGGACUUAAAGUUGGAGAACCUGUUGCUGGACAAGCGGGAGAACGUGAAGAUAUCGGACUUUGGCUUCGCCAAGAUGAUGCCUUCUAGCCAGUCUGUGCGGAGUAGCCCUUCUUACCGCCAAGGGAACUGCUCUAGCCACCUCAGCCAGACCUACUGUGGCAGCUUUGCUUAUGCCUGCCCAGAGGUCUUGCUAGGCCUGCCCUACAACCCUUUCCUGUCUGACACCUGGAGCAUGGGCGUCAUCCUCUACACGCUAGUGGUUGCCCGUCUGCCCUUCGAUGACACCAAUCUCAAGAAACUGCUGAGAGAGACUCAGAAAGAGGUCACUUUUCCACCUAACUAUGCCAUCUCCCAGGAUUGCAAGAACCUGGUCCUCCAGACACUACGCCAAGCAACCAAGCGUGCCACCAUCCUGGACAUCAUCAAGGAUCCCUGGGUGCUCAAGUUCCAGCCUGAGCAACCCACCCAUGAGAUCAGGCUGCUUGAGGCCAUGUGCCAGCCCCCCAGCACCAAUCGUCACCAAUCCUUGGAAAUCAGUACCUGAAAACGGCGGAAGGAGGAGGGGGUUGAAAGAGGAGCAAAGCAGGAGGAUCUUGGGCUAAAAAUCUUUCACACCAAAAAUAAAUCUAAUUCCGUUUUAGUUUCAUCA